AUGGGCUCUUACUUUGGCUCCUCCUUAUGUGCAGUAGAUCUGAAUUCUGAUGGACUUUCUGACCUGCUGGUAGGAGCACCCAUGUUUUCUGAGAUUCGGGAUGAAGGUCAAGUCACUGUGUUCCUCAGCAGAGGAAAUGGAGUUAUGGAAGAGCAACGUGUUCUGGAUGGCGAUAACGCCUACAACGCACACUUCGGGGAAAGCAUGGCAUCCCUUGGGGACAUUGAUGAUGAUGGAUUUCCAGAUGUUGCCAUUGGUGCUCCUAAAGAAGAUGACUAUGCCGGAGCAGUAUAUAUUUAUCAUGGAUACAUUGGGGGCAUCAUUCCUCGAUAUUCCAUGAGGAUAUCUGGAAAAAAGUUAAGUCCAUGGUUGCAGAUGUUUGGCCAGUCCAUUUCUGGAGAAGUUGAUAUGGAUGGAAAUGGUUAUCCAGAUGUGACAGUUGGCGCCUUUAUGUCAAACAAUGUAGUUCUUCUAAGAUCACGACCUGUCAUUACAUUGGAUAUUUCAAUUUUCCUGCCAGCAUCCAUUGACAUCACAGCUCCUCAGUGUCAUGAUGGCUUACAACAAGUGAAUUGUCUGAAUAUCACUGCUUGCUUUAGUUUCAAAGGCAAACAGGUUCCAGGACUGAUAGAUUUGAAUUAUAAUUUGACGUCUGAUGUGGCAAAGAAAGAAAAAGGAUACCCAAUCAGGGUUUACUUCAUCUCUUCUGGAGAAGCAAUGGGCCAGAUCACAGAACAAAUGCAGCUUUCCUAUAUGCAGAAACAAUGCACAAGCUACUUGGCUUUUGUGAAGAGAAGAGUCAAAGAUGUUAUAUCACCAAUUGUCUUUGAAGCUACAUAUAGCCUUGGGGAACAUAUUCUGGAAAAGGAGGAAAAAGAAUUACCUGCUCUCAAGCCUGUACUCCAAUGGAAAAAAGGCCAGAAAAUGUCACAGAGAAACCAGACUAUUUUUGAAAGAAAUUGUCAGUCAGAUGACUGUGCUGCUGACCUGAAACUCCAGUGUAAACUCUUCCUAUCUAGUGUUGAUGAUAGGGCUCCUUAUCUGGCUUUGGGAGCUGUGAAGAACAUCUCGCUGAACAUCACUAUCUCUAACAUUGGGGAUGAUGCUUAUGAUACAAACAUCGCUUUCAACUUUUCCAGAGAACUUUUCUUUAUCAAAAUGUGGCAAAAGGAUGAGAUGGGUAUUGCUUGUGAAUUGUUGGAACCGGACUCAGACUUCCUUAAGUGCAGUGUGGGCUUUCCCUUCAUGAAAUCUAAAUCCAAGUAUGAAUUCAGCGUCAUUUUUGACACAAGCCAUUUGUCUGGGGAAGAAGAAAUUCUUUCAUUCCUUGUAUCUGCUCAGAGUGGGAACUUGGAACACAAUCUUCAGGACAAUUCUCUCAUGUUGACAGUCCCCCUGAUGCAUGAAGUGGAUUCAUCUAUCACUGGAAUAGUGUCCCCCAGUUCUUUUAUUUAUGGCGAAUCAGCGGCAGCAUCUCAGUUUACAAAGCUGGAAGAUUUUGAGUGUCAUUUUCAGGACUUAAAUUUUACUCUUCAGGUAUAG